AUGUGUUCCACGUUUGGAAGAACAGUGUCCUCUUGCUUCCGGCCCUUGAGUCGAUAUGCCCGUAUGAGGAAGGAUGAUGAUGAUGAUGAUGGCGCUGGAGGUGAAGAUGACUCACUCCUAUGGUCUAGGGACCUCGAGAAGCAUUUCCAGGGAGAGUUCUCUUUUGCUGUGGUCCAGGCGAACGAGGUCAUAGAGGAUCACAGCCAGGUGGAGACGGGCCGGGACGCCACUUUUGUUGGGGUAUAUGACGGGCACGGUGGGCCUGAGGCCGCAAAAUACAUUUGUGACCAUCUGUUUCGUCAUUUGCUUACCCUUGCACGAGAAAAUGGAAAGAUAUCUAAAGAUGUCAUUAAGAAUGCAUUGUCUGAAACGGAAAAAGGCUUUCUGACCCUUGUUAGGCGAGCUUACACAAUUAAACCAGCAAUUGCAGCAAUCGGGUCGUGUUGUUUAGUCGGGGUUAUCUGGAAAGGUAUCUUAUUUGUCGCCAAUUUGGGGGACUCGAGAGCUGUUAUGGGCUGCAUGGAUCGGUCGAAUAAUGAAAUUGUUGCCGAGCAGUUGACGGCAGAUCACAAUGCGAGCAUGGAGGAGGUCCGAAAAGAAUUGAAAGCUCUCCAUCCGGAUGAUUCACAGAUUCUGGUUAUGAAGCAAGGGGUUUGGCGUAUCAAGGGGAUCAUACAGGUAUCAAGAUCAAUAGGCGAUGCUUAUCUGAAAAGGCCAGAAUUUGCACUUGACUCGUCUUUCCCUAGAUUCCACCUUCCUGAACCUCUUCGCCAGCCCGUGUUAAGAUCCGAUCCAGCCAUGGUCAUCCGAGAUUUAGUAAACACUGAUAAAUUCAUCAUUUUCGCAUCGGAUGGUCUUUGGGAACACUUGACGAAUCAAGAGGCUGUCGAGAUAGUUCAUAAUAAUCCAAGAACGGGUAUAGCCAGAAGACUAGUGGUAACAGCUUUACAGAGAGCAUCUAUGACCAGACAAAUACCAUACAAUGAAGUAAAGAAGCUUGACCAGGGCGUAAGGAGACAUAUCCACGAUGAUAUUACUGUUGUUGUUGUCUUCAUAGACCACGAGGCUUUGGGUAAUGUUGAUUCUGGCCCUGAGCUAUCUGUAAGGGGAUUUGUUGAUACCAUUGGGCCAUCGAAUUUCAACUUCUAG